AGAUCUCGGAUGUGGGACAGCCCUUUAAAUGAUAAGCGUGGUUCUGAUCUGGAGUCUCUGCUGACCUGCUCUAACCUAAGAGUUGUCAAUCAACCUCACUCUGAGCUUGAUUUUGUUCCUGCCGGGACAUCUUUUGUCGAUCUUACCCUCGCAGGUGAUAAAGACUGGUCAAAUAGCAAAAACGCUCAAAACGAAAUGCUGUACCGUCGUAGCAAAGCAGGGUAUCAGCGGGAACUUAGAGCUGCUAAACGUAGAGCUUGGGAGAAAGCUAGGACGAAUGCGACCAAUGGGGAUAUGUUCCGUGUCCUAUCUGAGUUCGCGGGAAAAACCAAGUCUAUCUCUCUACCUUCUGAAGUAUCUAUCGAUGGAGCUCUAUCCGCAGAUCCGAUUUUGAUUGCAGAGGGCUGUGCCAGACAUUUCUUUCCUGUUGAACCCCCGUCUCAAUCAACUCACUCAGCAGUGGAAAGUGAAGCCUGUUGCCUCCGGCAAUCUUUUGGUUACGAUAGGAAACGCUUACGAUUUCUCUACUCCUCCACUGUUGAGCCCAUCUUCACAUACGGUUGCUCUGUCUGGGCUUCUGUUUUACGCACAAAGGCCGGUUCAAAGAAGAUCCGUUCGUUUCAGCGGUUGAUCUGCCGGAUGAUUACGCGCUCGUUCAAAACGGCCCCUACCGAAUCGCUCAUUAUCUUAUCCAAUAUGCUUCCACUUGAUCUCCGCAUACUGGAAAUAGCCACUUCUCGUCUGCUCUCUCAACCGACUGGUGAGUUUGUCAAAUCAUCUAGCAAACUAAUCCUUAAGCGUCUCCCCCAUGAACUUAUGCACAAAAAGAGUGAACGAGUCAGUACAUUUCUUUCUACUCAACACCCACCGUGGAGAAUUUGUCUCUACUCCUCUAGCCUCUCUUACGCGUCUGUCGAUCUUUUUCCAUGCGCGCUAAACACCCUCCGCUGCUAUAUUCGUGUGUUUGUGAACUCUGGCGCUGCUGGACUUUGCGUAGUCUUCACAAACUCCGCGGCUGUAAUCAGGAUACUUAAUCUGACGCUACCCCCCUCAAUCUCUUUCCGCAGUGGACUGAGCGUCGCUCUUGCUGAGGCCAUUGAGACUAUAAAGGAGCUGAGGCCUAAGUAUACCAGCAGUGAAAUUAUCUUAGUUGAGAGGCUCGUAAUGCUCAGUCCGGCCGCUACACUUUCUCUGACGGAGGUGAGCAACCUUGAUCUUCUGGCAAAACUCGGCAACUCUUGUCAUGUCUUCACUGCUGCCAAUCCAAACUCACCUGGUCUCGCCCUAGCUAGCUUCUGGGCCAAAUAUCCCUCUCCGUUUACAACUCGAUACGCCCCGGUCUCCCCGAAGGCUAUUCAGAAAGAGCUCUCGAAAUAUGUAUGGAAUAUGUGGAAUAAGGAGUGGGUGUCAUUGUCAACCAACUUGAGCGUAAAAGCCUUCUUCCCUGAUGUGUACUCCGCCAACAGGCUCCUCAAAGUAAAAACUAGUGCAAUCUCUACCCAGCUACUCACAGGCCACUGCCCCCUAAAUGCUCACCAACAUCGGCCUCUUGAAGCAUAUCUUAUUUGCUCUGUUCCGGUGGCUAGGAAUGGGGUCCGGGAGCGCGCGUUCCCGUUGGCCACCUAUCCAGCCACCGGAGACUAUGGUCUCACUGCCUGCGUGAGGGCUCUCUUGGACAGACUAGCGCUUUCCUCGGAGACGCCCUCUGCUCGCUUCUCGUGA